GUGGAAGUAGAAAUAGUGGCGAUAGUAGAUGGAAAGCUUGGCCUUCUUCGCUUCUUCCUAAAGGAUUGCGGAGAAAAGAUGGAGGAUCGCUUGAGGCUCCGGCUGGAGGGAGGGACUCCAUGUGGUCUGCGGAUGAUGAAGCAAGAAGCACAAAACAGAGCAGUUCUGGAGAUCAAAAAGCAGAAGGAGGUGAUGAAGAGAAGAAGGACGAAAACGAAGCAGAGAGAAGAACUUCAACUUCUAUUAAGGGCCGUCCUCGUUGUGAUACUCUUAUUUUUUGUGGCCCGGGUGAGACCUGAGUGUUUAUUUACAGGGACAAAGAGCCAGGAGGUGACCACUUUUAUACUCUGUAGUGCUGCUCCAGUGGCACACCGACUACUUCUGUCAUUUUCAAGUCUGAUGAAAGAAGCAUGAACAAAUGUUGAUGAAACUUCGAAGCUCUAAUGAUCCCAGCAAGUCCUCCAGUAUCCUUGGCGAUAUCAAGAUGCAAAGCCUAAAACGAGCAGAGCUUUUGUCGAAGGAACGAGCGAAGGGCAACGAGAUGUUGACGCAGGAGCAGAAGAAAACGCAAAGAGAUGUCGACACCUUAUUAGCGGAAACAGAGGCAACACAUCGACGCAUUGUGAAAAUGUUGCAGGUUCAGACCAUCGAACAUUUGAUCGAGCGAGAUACCAGCGAGAGUUCCCCGAUCACGUCACCAGAUAGUCCACAGAAUGGAUUUCUCAGUCCAAGCGGUGCCCAACUGACCAGUCCAUUGGAUUCUCAUUUGCAGGGAGUGGAUGACAUGAUAAACGUAGGAGAAAACAAAAAUCUCGUUAACGCUGGAGAGGAUCUUCAAGACCACGAGCAAGAACAACAAGGAGUGAAUAAAGGCGUUGGUGGAGAUGGAGGGGCCUCUAGAGUAUCGAUUAAGGGCCUCUAGAGUUGCGCUUUUUCCUAAUCGUAUCAGCAUCGAUCUUCUUCAUCUUCUCAUUUCAUGUUCUUUUUCAACACGAGCUAGUAGAAACGAAAAGCCAAAACCAUAACCAAAUUAUCCACCAAUACUAAUACUCUAAUGCUGCAUUGCGUGCCCGCAAGAGC